AAAUCCCUAAUUUUAUCCUAAUUUCAUUACACCCACCAACAGGAGAAAGAAAAAGAGAAAGGGAGGAGAACAGAAAUCAGAGGGGGAGCGAUUGAAGAAGAAAGGAAGAAGAAGAAAGGGAGAAGAGGGAAGAGACGAUGCCGGCGGGGCUGGGCGCAGCUGUUGCCGUUGCAGAGAAAAGAAGAGACGCACGAGAGAGAUUAGAGUGAGAUCGCAGACCUUCCAUGGAGAAAGAGGAAAGCGCGCGACGGAGAAGAGGAAGGAGGGAGUCCUGUCGUCGUCGUUGUUCCCGUCGCCGCUGCUGCCGUUGAUCGAGACCGUCGCCGUCCCGGUUGAGGCCAUCGUCGUCACCAAACAGGGCAGAGAAGGAGGGCGCAAACGGGAGAGAGAAAGGGGAGCUCUGCUGGAGCUCUUCGCCGAGAUGCUGCUGCCUUCCACCACCGCGAGAUAGAGCCAGCCUUCUGUUCUUCUACUGUCAUUGCGGUUGCCUCCCUUGCAGAUGGAGGAAGUCACCGGAGAAGGGAUUGUUCUGUUCUGCUUCUGCUUUUAGUUUUUCAUUGAUUGCCGGAGUCUAUGGGGCCAUGAAUGUUGCCGCCGGAGUCGUCGAAAUUGUUGCCGCCAAGAGCCACCACUGCUAUACCUUUACCUUGGUACGAAGAAAUUACAACGAAAUUAUAAUCAUUGACUCUCGUUGGUUGGCGUAACAAAGGGUGAGAGAGUUAUUGGGUCAAUUAAUGAAUGGGUCAUGCAGAGACGAAAAGAAAGAGUGGCAUCCAUCUCAGAUUCGUAUACAUUUUCUCGAGACGUAGUUGUCAUCGGAGACUACGACUUCACUCCACACGCAAGAGUCUUGGUCUUUGAACGUAAACUUUGGGUUCAUUAUUAUUCCAUUAUGCUUCUUCCUAGAAAGUAACCAUGAUUCAUGACUUGUUCAUGAUAAGUAUGUAUAUAUAAUGUGAUGGAGUGAGUGGAGUGAAAGGCACUAACAAAUUAAAUAUCAUCAAUAAUAUGUUUUAUUAUAUUCCACUGAAAAUGGGAAUUAGAUACCAAAGUGUUACUGCAUGCGCACUAUUGGUACUUGUGAUGGUAAUGGCUGAAAUUGCAGGCAUUUCUGCAAAUUCAAGUACUCUCCUCCACUCUCCAUGUCUUGAACGAGAGAGGCAAGCUCUUGUGAAGUUCAAAGCAUCCCUGACUGAUCCAUUUAACAUGCUUUCCUCCUGGCAUGGCCAUGACUGUUGCCAAUGGGAAGGGAUCGGCUGCGACAAUGUUACUGGUCAUGUUGUCAUGCUUGAUCUCGCCUCUCCUUACGAUCAAUAUUUAGAAGGUGGGAAUGUUAAUUCAUCGCUGCUGGAACUGGAAUACUUGACUCAUUUGGACUUGACUGGAAAUGAAUUCUAUGGGAGUCCCAUACCGAUGUUCAUUGGUUCUAUGCAAUGCCUCAGGUAUUUAUCACUCUCUGAUGCUGGUUUUGGCGGGAAAAUACCCAGCAAUCUUGGAAAUCUUACCAACCUCCACUUUCUUGAUCUGAGUUGGAAUGAAUUUUCAGAAGAUAGCAACAUCAAUUGGAUUUCUCAACUGUCAUUGCUGGAGCACCUCGACAUGAGCUAUGCUCAGGUUAAUAUUAUUAAUCUCACCAUCAUUGCUCCUAAACUUCAAUUCCUAAGUCUUGCUGCCAAUGGACUUAGUGUGUCAAAUUUGGAUGCUUUACAAAACCUGACAUCUCUUAUGCAUCUUGAUUUUGGUGGGAACAAGCUUACUUCAAUUCCAUCUUGGUUUGGCAACUUUAAAAAACUUGAGUAUCUUGAUCUUUCAGGGUGUGGGCUUCAUGGUCCAAUUCCAAAUGCUUUUCAAAAUGCAACUUCUAUUGAAUUAUUAAACCUUUCUGAGAAUAAUUUUGACUCUCUUCCAUCUUGGUUUCACAAGUUUGAAAAACUCGAGCAUCUUUUUCUUUCAUCUAAUAGCUUCCAUGGUACAAUUCCGGAUGCUUUACAAAAUAUGACUAGCAUUGAGUUCCUUGACCUUUCUGACAACUCUUUCACUUCAGUUCCAUCUUGGUUUGUUGAGUUAAAGAAACUUGUCUAUCUCAGUCUUUCAAGUAAUAAAUUAAGAUAUAUGGAAUGUUCCAUUUCAUCCAUUUUAAAAAAUAUGUGUCACCUGAAAAGGUUAUAUAUAGGAGGAAGCAACCUCCUAACAGAAUCCAUUGGAAACAAUGAUUUGUCUACCUGCAUUAGACAUGAUUUGGAGGAUCUUGACUUGAGUGAAAAUAACUUUAAUGAUUAUUUGCCAUCUUGGUUAGGACAACUUGAAAAUCUAGGCAAUCUCUAUCUCCAAGAUAAUUUUUUCUAUGGUCCCAUUCCCUCUUCUUUUGGAAAAUUACUGAAUUUGAAGAAUUUAUAUUUGUCCAACAAUACAUUAGAAGGGAACCUUCCUAAUUUCAUGGGACAACUUGUAAAUUUACAACAUUUUGAUGUCUCAAAUAAUUAUUUAGAGGGAAUUAUUCCUGAAAAUCUUGGAAAACUUGUAAAUUUACAAGUUCUUGAUGUCUCAAAUAAUUAUUUAAUGGGAUCCAUUCCUUCGAGUCUUGGUCAACUAAUAAAUCUAACGAACCUUGAUUUGUCAAAUAAUUAUUUAAAAGGAAUCAUCCCUACAAGUCUUAACCAACUUGUAAAUCUUAAUCGGCUUGAUCUUUCAAGGAAUAAACUAGAUGGGAGAAUUUGUAUUAAUUUUCAAAAACUUGGGGUUCUAUCAUACUUGGAUCUAUCUUCAAACAAUUUGAAUGGACCCAUUACAGGGGAAGAAAGUUGGCCUUUGUUUAUCCCAGAAAUGGUGUAUUUGAAUCUCUCCCAUAAUCAUAUCAGUGGCUCACUUCCUGAACAUAUUGGUCAUAUAAUGCCCUCUUUGGGGGACUUGAUCCUUGGAAAUAAUCUCAUAAAUGGUUCAAUUCCAAAAUCAUUGUGCCAAGUUGAUUUGCAUAUCCUUGACCUUUCAAAGAACAGACUAUCUGGUAAAAUCCCCAUUUGUUGGAAAGAUAACAAAGUAUGGGAAGAAAUAAAUUUGUCAUCCAACAAACUCUCAGGGGAUGUUCCAAGUUCAUUUGGGAAUCUUUCCUCUCUAAGAUGGUUGCAUUUGAACAAUAACCGUCUUCAUGGAGAGUUUCUAGCAUCUAUGACAAAUUUGCCACAUUUAUUGAUUAUGGAUCUCGGAGAGAAUCAACUUUCUGGCACCAUCCCAUCAUGGAGUGCUAACACAUUUUCUUCACUACAAAUUCUAAGAUUGCAGCAAAACAUGCUGAGUGGUAGCAUUCCUUCACAGAUAUGUGAACUAUCAUCACUUAAAAUCUUGGACCUUUCUCGCAACAAUUUAAAUGGUUCAAUACCUCGCUGCAUAGGCAAUCUUCGAGGAAUGACUUCCACUUUGUCUCCUACUUCUCAACCCCACUUUGUACGAGUAUUUGAAUGGGGUUGGGAAGCUGAGGAUGUUAUAGAAGCCAUGAAAGGAAGAGAACUUGACUACAUAAGAAAGCUUGUAGUCAUCAUGGAUUUGUCCCAGAAUAAUUUGGUUGGCUCCAUUCCAAAAGGAAUAACAUUGCUCAAUGGUUUGCAUAGCUUGAAUCUAUCAAACAACCAUUUGAUCGGAAAGAUCCCUUACAUGAUACGGGAUAUGACAUCACUUGAAUCCUUUGACGUUUCAAGUAACCAACUCUCGGGUACAAUUCCAAGCAGCAUGUUAGAUUUAAUAUUACUAAGUCAGUUAAACUUGUCAUACAAUAACUUCUCUGGCCCAAUUCCUACAGAUGACCAGUUUUCAACUUAUGAUUCAUCGAGUUAUGCUGGCAACCCAUAUCUAUGUGGAUCUCCUCUACCCAACGAAUGUGGUCCACAUCAAGUUCCUGGGAGCAAUGAAUUUGAAGAUGAAGACAGACCGACCAAAAAAAAAGAUGAAUACAGCAAAGCAGAUAGGUUGGAAAAGUGGUUGUUUUACUUUGUUAUUGCAAUUGGCUUUGCAACUUGGUUUUGGUGAGUUAUUGGGACUUUGUGGUUUAAUAAAACUUGGAGGCACGCUUACUUCAGAUGGGCGGAAGAUUUAGCCGACGAUCUAUGUCACAACUACAAUAAGAAGUGGAUGAUGAUGAGAAGCCUUGUUGCUUGAUCAUGUAUUCAUGUGUGUUUUUAUUUUUAUUUUGAAGAAUCAAAGGUGGAAAUAAAUUAAGGAAAGUGAAUGAUGUUUGAUGCAUGUAUGAAUGUAUGUGUAUGCAUGAAUUUGUAAUAGAGAUUGUCAUUUGAUGUUUAA